CUUGAUAAUGAAAUGUACUCUGUCCUGAGUCAACACGUCUAGAUCUACCACUAAAAGAUGGAUAUUUUUCAUAUUCAUCUUUUGGUCAGAAAUCCAAAUAUCUUCAAUAUAUAAAAUGACCAUUAAACAAUAUUAUUGGCAGAAGCAGUACAUCUGACUACUCUUUCUUUGAAGGGAAACACCUAGUCCAGGGUUGCUAGUUCCGGUUAGCAAAAAUCAAGGCUUUUUAUGUUGACACCGGGGUUAGUCGUUUAUGGUUCAAAGGCACCUAUUAUUCAAACGAUAUCAACUGUCCCGUGACUCAGAACAAUGAUAGUCACAAGCCACUGGUUUCUGAGAUCCCAAGUUUCCCAUCAAUGUUCAUUCCGCUGCUCCUAUGCCUAUGAGAAAAGAGAUACUGCAAGACCUCCUGAGUUAAAGCUGAUUCCAACAUUCAAGAGUCAUGACAACCCCAAAAGAGAUGGAUCAACAAUGUUCUCCAGCCCGAACAUCAGCAGAUUUGCUUCCUGCUACAUUUGCUUCAGCUUUAAGACAACGGGAGGAAGGCAGAACUGUAUCCUCUUUGGAGCACCCUACACCAGCAAAGCCACUAUGGGCGCCUCUUGAAACGGAUGCUCCGGUCACAUUAGCUUCAAACAACCACAAUAACGGCGACGAGGUUCACGUUUGCCAGCUUUGUAGCUGCUGGUAUGAGACACGUAAAGCUCUGUCCAGUCACGCUCGCUCCCAUUUGCACCAAAUGGGAAUCACUGACAUCAAGGGCAGCCCCAUUGACUUUCUUUAUCAGAUCAUGAAGGAUGAAGAUCUCAAGUCCGCCAGCAAGAAGCAACAGGAGCAGCCUAUUUCUACAAACAAUCCACCUGGGAGUCCCACUAAACGUCCACCAGGGCUCUCCCCUCCGCCUAUGUCACCUCCUUGUAAGCGAGCAAAGCCACCUGAGGAGUUCACCUGUAUUCUUUGCGGGGAGGUCUGUAAAAAUCGGAAAGGCUUGGCUAGCCACUCGCGGUCUCAUCUACGACAGAUUGGAGUUCUGGACCUUCUGGGGAAAGAUGAGUCCGCUAUCGAUACUGUUCACGAUCUGGUGAGCAGUGGCGUGUUAGAAGCUACACAUGCCCCAAAAAUGAGCAGCAGGACUUUGGCCGCGCCCUCUUCAGCGCCAGGCUCUCCUGUGGCCUCCCAGCCUCUGUCCCCUGUCAUGGGGCAAUCCAGAUCUUCUUUUCCCUCCACCCCGCCGGGCCUUGCCAAGUAUCCACAGAACCCAGUGAAUCGUGCCCCAAAGGCAAAGAAAGGCUUUCGUCUGGCGGUGGACCCUCUCCUGAGAAAACCCAAGCCUGAGCCUUUGGAGAUUGAUGUGUCUCUCAUGGGUGGAGCCAGCUCAAGCAGCGGAAGUACUCCACCACUGAACUUAUCUGCUUCUGUAACUCCUUCCAAAGCUCUCAGUGCAGAUGAACACCCGCCUCCGACAGUCCCCUGUGACUACUGCGGUCAGCUUUUCGAGACUCGCAAAGCGCUGUCGUGCCACGCCCGCGCCCAUCUGCGCCAGCUUGGCCUCACCUGGUCAAUCAAGACGUCACCGAUCGAUCUCCUCAAUGAUGUCAUGAUGCGAGGUGGCAACAAGUUUUUGUCCGGCGAGGUGUCGUCAUCCGGGAAAAUCCAGUGGAGUCCUCAAGGUCCUAAAAGGUCAUCGGAGAGCCACCAGACGAUCUCCAACCUGUCCUCCUCACCUUUGGAUUACUCCAUGAAAGACAAAUCUCCAUCUUGCAAGAGUGGAGCUAUGACCUUAGGCAAAUCGUGUGAGCUUUGUGGCUUUAGCUUUGAAAACCGCAAGGCGCUAGCCAGUCACACACGGGCUCACCUUCGCCAACUGGGCGUGCUGGAAUGGAGAUCGGAAGGGGCGACCUCGCCGAUUGAACGCCUCCGAGAGUUGAUGCGGAAGGACCCGGUUAAGGUGGCUGCUGUCACCCGUCGCUAUCGUGAGGGAGACGUUAACAUCAAGAAGAAAACUGUUUCGCUAUCCACUUUGUCAGAUUCUGAAUCACUGCCUGGCAGCAACCCGAAUUUCUCAGGUCAUAAAGUAGGUAAAGAUGACCACGGUGUGUCUCUCGGUACAUCCAAACAAGUCCACGCGCAUGCUGUAGCAGCGUAUGGCGGAGGUGGUGUGCGCGCUCCAAGAGCACUUGCGCUUCCAAAACGUAUUCCACCAGCGGGAGAAGAAAACCAAGACACCAACUCGCAGCAACCAUCGCGGACCGGAAGCAUCCCGGCUCUGCUGCCCAAACCGCCGUUAACUCCUUUGGUAAAACUGGUCGGAAAAGUUUACUCUCUCAAGUGCAGGUUCUGUGAAAAAGUGUUUCAUGGACCUCACUCUGUUCAAGAGCAGUGGAUCACACAUCUGCAAAAACACAUUCUGUCGCUGGGCUACAAAGGUCAAGAGUCUCCCCCUGCUGCUCCCCCUGGUCUCAUCCAAUCUGUGGCUGUGUAGUUUGAACAAAUGGACUAAUUGUUUUAUGCUGUGCUCAAUUUAACUUCUUUGAGCUUAUGCCACUAUCAUUCUCUGGCAUGAAGCUUAUGAUCUGUUUUAUUGCAGUUGGGGGUGGGGGUCAUGAAUUGUGCAGUUUGCAACUUAAGGACCAAACCGGAUUUUAGCAUUCACAUGCCUACAAACUGCACAUUAAAAUUCUUGCCUAAACAACCCCUACUUUAUUUUAUACACCAUUGUCACUGUGACCAAAGUUAUGUUUUAAGUGUUUUACAGAAAUACUGUAUGGCAGAACACAUACAAAUGGGUUAUUGAUGAUUUUUGAGAGUCUGUUAGAAACCUGAUUUUCUCUUUUUACUCAACCUAUUUUUAUGUCAAUUCAAUUCUAUCAUGUUUACAUGUCACAAUUUAAUGAUUGUUUGGUCAUUUCAUGCACAGAGAACAACAUUGUGUGAAUUGUGCCCAUUCACACAAAACUGCUCUGUAAUAUAUGUACAUACUGUAAAUCAGGGGCGGAGCUACGUGGUGGCUGGGGGGUAUGAUCACCCCUGGUCAUUCUCCGCCCUUUCCGCAUCGAGAGGAACAUUUUAAUACCUGUGGCUUUCUUGCCGUUUUGACAUGGAUGAAGUUGUCUUAGGUCCUUUGAUACUCUGCCACAAUUGAUUUAUAUUGACUGUAUAUUUAAAGAAUAAAUGAACAUCAGUGAUUGAAUCUAUAAAAAGAAUAAAAUAAUGUGUUUUUUGCAAA